AUGGUUUUGACCUCGUUACGAGUAAUUAUCUCAAUUUUAUUAUUUUUGCCUUUUAUCUUAGCACAAGAUUACUAUAAGAUAUUAGGUCUAUCUAAGAAUUGUAAUGAAAAAGAGAUCAAAUCUGCUUAUAGACAAUUAUCCAAGAAGUUUCAUCCAGAUAAGAAUCCUAAUGAUGAAGAUGCCCAUAAUAAAUUCAUUGAAAUUGGUGAAGCCUAUGAAGUUUUAAGUGAUCCUGAGAAGCGUAGAAUGUACGACCAAUUUGGUGCAGAUGCUGUUAAAAAUGGAGGUCCUGGUGGCCCUGGUGGCCCUGGAGGUCCUGGUGGGUUCCACGAUCCCUUUGACUUGUUUGAACAGAUGUUUGGAGGUGGCCAUGGGGGUGGUUUUGGAGGCUUUGGAGGCUUUGGAGGUUUCGGUGGUGGUCAACAACACCAAGGUAAACAAAGAGGUCAAUCUAUUAAAGUGCGUCAUGCUUUGACUUUGAAAGAUUAUUACAAUGGUGGUUCCAUUUCUUUCUCUUUACUGCUUAACGAUAAUUGUGACCAUUGUCAUGGUUCUGGCUCUGAAGAUGGUAAAGUUAAAAAAUGUCCUGACUGUGGUGGUAGAGGUGUGGUAAUUCAAGUGAUAAGAAUGGGUAUUGUCACACAACAGGUACAGCAGAGAUGUAACAGAUGUGCAGGUUCCGGUGAAAUCAUACAAAACAAAUGUAAAGUUUGUAGUGGUGCAAAAGUACAAAAGAAAGAAAAGGACAUCUCUGUCUCAUUUGAUUCCGGUAUUGAAAGAAACCAUAUUUCAGUUCAACAAGGUGAGGCUGAAAAGGGCCCGGGCAUCGAACCUGGUGAUUUGAUAGUCGAAUUUUUUGAAGUUCCAGAAGCAAAUAUGGGUUACAGAAGACGUGGUAAGGAUUUAUUCAGAACAGAAGUCCUGACACUCCAAGAGGCCAUAAACGGUGACUGGAGUAGAGAUAUACAAUUCUUAGAUCCUACAAAGAAACUACAACUAAAGAGAUCGCCUAUGGAUAUAGUCAUGAAUGGUGAAGUUGAAAAAAUUCCAGGUUUCGGUAUGCCAAUUCUUGGUUCCAAGGGUAAAUUCGGUGACUUGUAUAUUGACUACGUCGUCAUUAAACCACAUGUCGAUCCAAACUCUAGACUUGAUGACGAAUUGUAA